GGCAGUCGCCUCCUCCUCUCGCAAUUUUCUUUGUAUUUAUUUACCAGGCGCUGAUGCUUCUCCCCCUAAACCCCGUCAGCGCUGUUGGCAUGGUGGUGUCCGCCUUCAUCAACAAGAACAUUUAGUGUCGCCUCCGGUGGCGGCUAACGGGCAGCUGGCCUGCGGCUGCGGCAUGGCGGAUGCUCAAUCAGGUCGAGUGCACAUUUUCAGCUUGCAAGGCAGGCCCCUGCACACCGGCGUUGCUCUCCCACUCAGCAUCUGCACGCGUGGUGGCUGUGAAGGAACGAGCUACAAACCGGCGGCAGCAGCCAGGCUUUGCACGGUCUCGCAGCACAGGGGCGGUUUCGCAACAUGGUGCGCUACCACUGCUAGCGGUUCAUGGACGGGGAUACGGAAGGGUGUGCUCUGGCGGUUUGAUUUCGUGGGGGGCGGCAAGGAUGAUAGCUGAGGGCUGGAUGGGGCAUGGCGUGCCCCAUUGUAUGGGUGUUUUGCGUUUUGCGUUUUGACCCUGAGCAGCACUCAUUGCGUUUUGCGUUUUGACCCUGAGCAGCACUACUCAUUGUGGUACUGUGGCUGUCGUGCUGGGCUCGCACUACGUGUAUGGAUAAGGCGGCGUGCAGUGCUUUAGCUCGCUGGCUGUGUAUUUUAAUUGGCAGGCGGCGAAGACGUAAAACCCCCGUCUUGUUGCGGCAUGUUCUGUGCUGGUUCGGGCAUGUUCUGUGCUGGUUCGGGCGGCGAUUGCUCAUGUCAAUACGAAUGUCGCACUGAUGUACAACAACAAUGCAAGACAGAGCUGUACACCAACGCCAAGCAGGACUGACCUAGUAGAUGCAGGGGUGCAACCAACCUGCGGUGGAUAUACCUGCUGGACAACAUAUGUACUGGAUGAAUGGCAAACUGGGCGGCAAGCGUGUGCAACGUGUGCUAUGCACCGCUACUGUGUCCGUGCCUAAUAGGGCGGUGGUAAUACAGGAUUGCGUGUGUACCGGUGAGUGUUGAGCAUAUGUAACCAUGUGGAGCG